AUGGCUCUGGGUAAACGUUCUGCAAUACGACUUCCUCCAGAAGUUAAUCGUAUCUUGCUCGUUAAAAACUUACCAUACAACAUAUCGGCCGAGGAAAUGUAUGAUCUCUUCGGAAAGUAUGGAGCUAUUCGUCAGAUCAGAGUAGGUAAUACUCCAGAAACAAAGGGAACCGCGUUGGUAGUUUACGAAGAUAUCUUCGAUGCUAAAAAUGCCUGCGAUCAUCUCAGUGGCUUUAACGUUUGUAAUCGUUAUCUGGUUGUCCUUUAUUAUCAACGCAAUAAGGUUAGUUGA